AUGCGGCUCAUGGCAGUGCUGCUGCUGGGGCUUGCGGCUUGCAAGUCGAGCAUGCCGGCGCCUCCUCCGGAUAUGCAGCGCCAGCAUGCUGCAAAGAGCUUGAUGAAUGUCGCGAGAAUCCUCAAGCUUCGUGGCGGAGGAGAUGAAGGGAUGGGAGGAGUGUCGGAGUUUAGUUGUAACCAUAAGGCUUCCUACCCUGGCUUCGAGGAGGAUGUUGCGUAUCCCCAGCCCUUCUACCGUGGUGUCGAGGAGGAGACAGAGGAGAGAGCUCCUCUGCGUGUGCAAACUUUGCACCUUGACAUCACGGACUCGGACAUGGACUGCCAGACUCUGGAAGGCAACCUGGUAAGUCCAGAAGAAUUCUUCAAUGCAUCCGCAGUGCCAGAGAGAGCGCACCAGAAGAGGCAGCAGAUUUUUUGUCCGAAGCUCGAAAAUCCCUUCGCUGACAUAAAACCGCCCGAUAUUGAUCCAGAAGACGAGUUCGACUUCGCUUAUAACAAGGAUUCGGACGAGAUCUCACACACGAGAGAGUCUAGAGGAGGAGUGAAAGAAGAACAUCUGCCUGCGGGAGAUCAUAAGGCGCACUCAAAGGAUGAAGAGCUUGUUGAUAACACAUCAUUUCAUACGAACAAUCAAGAGUUUGAGAACCUGCAACCAUCUCCAUGUGAAACCACACACGGUGAUGGUCAACAAGAAUGCGCUGGUCAUACGCAUGAAAGAGAAGAUGCAAUUAGGAUAGAUGCGUCAAAACUUUCAACAGACGAGAUGAGACAGCACCUUUCCUCAGAAUCGAAGUUUUGUGAACGGCACCCGCCUGAAGCUCAAAAUGCAAACGAAGAAGCCAAAAGUCCCAGCAGAUUUCUGGAUGAGUCGAAGUUUGACGAGUUUUUGAAGAAGCAUGGGCUCAAACGGGAGAUGACUUUCAGAGUCCAACGUGAAGAAUUCCCGGACUCAAUCUUGCAAGAGGAAAACGAGCAACUCAAAGACUUUGUAGAAGUGAUGAGAGCAAAUUAUGCAAUGCCCGGAGAAACAGACCCAGAGAAAAAUCCACCAGAGCUCCGCUCGCAAGAAAGUUUCACUGAGAAAGUGGAAAAUUUCCAUCUUCCACAACGUUUUGAGGUGAAUGGUACAAACCAGACGAGCUUCAGUUCUGCAGCAGUCUCUACCAUACCAAGCAAGACCGGAUCUAGCAGACUGCAAGUGAAAGAGCUCGUAGAGAACUUGAGGAAGUAUUACUUGGUCUUCAAUGCUUCAAAGGUGGAGAGUGCGGAACAGAUUGCUUCGAUCUUCGUACACAAGAUGGACCAGCUGGAUGAAAUGCUGCUAGACAAAUAUGGGGUAAGUCUGACAGAUUUCAUGAACGAGGAUGACUCCCAAGCGAAGAAUGCAACUAUGAAUGAACAGCAAGCACAAGGCUCCAAAGCGAGCGAUAAAACAAAUCGCAUGCUUGCAGAAGCAUACAUCGAAGGAAAGGAAUUGGAAAAAACAGCAUCUCGAGAACAACAACAAAUCGAGAAGGAAAUGUGGGACAUUCAUCGUGCAAACAUGGACAAGAUCAAGUCAAUGUCACAGAACGAGAUAGAUCAAGCAAAAGAGCAAAUAUCGCAUGUUCAUUGA